CCCUUCACCUGCUCUCUUCAUCAUCAAGCAACUCUCUCUUUCUCUUUAUUUUUCUGUCUUAUUUUUUUAAAAUUAAUUUUCUCUCUUGUAACUCCUAAAUUCGUCGAAUCUCUCACUGCUGAAGGUGCCGCGAAACGUUGUGUUAUCAGUUUUAUCAGUUUUUGGUAAAAGUGGAGUAUGGUGGUUCACUGGUGUAACUGGUUGGAGAACUUAAAAUUUUAAGUGUCAAGCAAACACUAGUAGGUACAGCACCUCGCGCAAACAGAUCCAUGGCUUAUGAGCAAUAUUUUGCCCGGGAAUGGAAAUCCAUUACAGGUGCAGCAACUGGUUCAGACAAUUAUAAUGGUUGCUUUGACUGCAACAUCUGCUUGGAGUUUGCAUAUGAGCCGGUUGUCACCUUAUGUGGCCAUCUCUACUGCUGGCCCUGCAUCUACAAGUGGCUCCAUGUUCAGAGUGCCUCCCUUUCUUCUGAUGAACACCCACAAUGUCCAGUAUGCAAGGCAGGCAUAUCCCACACACAAAUGGUUCCCCUCUAUGGAAGGGGUCAAACUCCAACUGAAUCUGAGCUUCCAGACAAACCGCCUCUUCCUGGCAUGGCAAUUCCCCCUAGACCACCAGCAUGCGGUACCCAAGCUCUUCAAUCCCCUUCGUCGAAUUCUGUUCAACAGCUUCCAUACCGUAAUCCUUAUCAAACCCAACACUAUAAUCCUUAUCCGGACAGCAGUUUAGAAGAUAACUCUCCAUCUCCUUUUAAUCUUGGGACCACCGGAAUGACCAGUUUUCAUCAUCCUGCAGUCGGUAUGUUCGGAGAGCUGGUUUACGCAAGGGUUUUUGGAAAUUCAGAAAGCUUACACACAUAUCCCAACUCCAAUCACCUACGGGUUGGUAGUAACCCCCGGUUGAGAAGGCAAGAGAUGCAGGCAGAAAAGUCACUAAACAGAAUUUCCAUCUUCCUUUUCUGCUGCUUUCUUCUGUGCCUUGUUGUAUUUUGAUCAUAGUUAGGUAAUUUGUCUUUCUUGUAUACUUUGUACAGAGAGUUAAGAGACCCGAUGUAAGCUUAUUGAAAUGGUAGAUUAGAUAUUAUAUAUAACAUAUAAAUGUAUAUAAAUAAGUGUAUAUUAGAGAAAUUUGCUGAAAAAUAUGAAUACAAUUUCUGCAA